AUGGGUAAGCUCCCAACCCACCUCCCCAGGCCAACAAGCCUCCUCGCCCACCGACCCUCCCUCACAUCCUCCUCGACCACGCCUACGUCACCGAGAAUAGGCCUCCCGACCCAACAAUCCCGCGCAGCAACCUUCAUCCCCCGCCCCCGCCGCCCCUACACCUUCACCCAGCUCAUCCAGCUCUCCGACGGAAGCACCUACACCGUCCGCACCACCUCCCCCUCGCCCCUCGUCCGCUCCGCAAAGGACUCGCGCAACCAUGCCCUCUGGCAGCCCUCCGACAAGUCCCUCAAGAACGUGGAAGUCGACGAGGCCGGUAAACUCGCCGCCUUCCGUGAACGUUUCGGUCGCGGGUUCGAUUUGGCGGCCAAGAAGCCGACGGAGGAGGAGCUUAACGCUGCUGCUGCUGCUGCUGCCGCUGCUACAUCAGCUACCGCUGGAAAGGAGGCCGCGACGCCUGCCCAGCCUACUCCCGAGGAGGACGACAUUUUCGACAUGGGUGAUUUGAUUAGCGGGUAUGCCGCGCUGCAGCCGCAGCAGGCUGCCAAGGAGCCCCCCAAG